CAAUCAUUGUCUUCCAGAAAAUUACAAGGAUUACUUUACGACUCCUUAUUUCGUCUUUCUUCGCGACACACUAAGCUAUCUUACGCUCCUUGGUCUUCCCUUUGCCAUUUGCCUGUCCCCUUCAACUGUGUCUUUCAGUCAACCAGAACGGGUCAUUUUGUUUUUUUUUCUGGGACGCAUUUUAAUGGAGGCGGAUCAGUUUAUUGCCGCCCAAAAGACCGGACUUAAAGUACGCAAAAUGCUGAAGAGAUAUACGCCAGGGGAUCAACCAGAAGAAAAUGAGGCAGGAGAUGACAAUAUCUUGUUGAAGCAGUUUAUAGGUUACUUCAGUGACCGUUGGAAUGUGCUCGACUUCGUCAUUCUUGUUUUAUACCUGAUUACCUUCACGUUACGCAUAAUCACAUGGAUAACCUCCACGAACGUAUCAAACAACAGACUUUUGGCUGUGUCGGGGUAUUUCUAUGGCUUUAUCGCCAUGUUUCUCACACUGAGAGCGUUUGGUCAAGUCAUAGAGUGCGCGCGGGGAAUGGGUGCGAUACAAAUCGCCCUAUUCUCUAUUAUCUGGGAUGUCAUGGCGAUAUUUUGGCAGUUUUUGGCCACGAUUCUGGCUUUUUCGCUCGCCAUGACCAAGAUUUAUGUUGCCGAGAAAGUCUAUAUGUCAGGAAAAGAUUCCGCGGAGGAUUUGGCAUGCAGUGAGUCAGGGAUAAUUUGCUGGUGGAACAUGGCGAAACACCUAAGCUGGUCUUUACUUGGUAUAGCUGACCUGGAUAAGUUAAAUUCCGUUGACAUUCCUUCCGUUUCUCUCAUUCAUCUGCUGUACAGUGUCUUCUUAAUCAUGGCAGUUAUUCUACUCGUUAACAUGAUGAUUGCUUUAGUCUCCAAUACCUAUCAACAGGUUCAGAAUAAUUCACUCCAGGAGUGGUCUUUCAAGAGAGCCAUUAUUGUACGGACUUACAGCACUUAUCAUCCGAUACCAGUGCCCUUUAACAUUUUUUCUGUCCCAUUAAAAGUGCUCUGGAACCUCCUUCGGAAGCGUUCGUAUAAAACAUGUUUUGACAGUCCUGCUUUGGAUGAGGAAGGACAGAGUGAAGCUCUGGAUAAAGUGGUGAAGAAACUAGAAAGUAUUUACUUCCAGAAGUUCGGUUAUGAAUUUCCCCUCACAGAGGAUAAAAAGAUAAAUUACUUGGUGCAAGUAAAUGAAGGAGGUCGGAAAAUGACCGAUCAGAUAGUUCGGCAAGUAUUUCGACCGCGUGGAAACAAGGAGGAGGAACUUACGUCUGGCCAAAGAGCGUGGUAUGAUUCGCCGGGAAUUGCUGUCGAUGGCUGCCUCCUAACUUACAAGGGACCUGAUUUCUGCAAUACAUGCAAAAUAGGAAUUCCUAAACACAUUCACAGUGCCAAAUUCAAAUCUUCCUUUACACCAGAGACACCGCGAUUUGAGGUGCUUAUUCAGGAGACUGGAAAGAGGCGAAUUAUAGCGUUAGGUGCUGUGUGUGAGUCUUACGAUGCUGUGGACAAUUGUCACACAAUGCCUGGUUGGGAUAGCGGAACAGUCGGAUAUCACGUAUACCAUGGGAAAAUAUUUGAAACUGGCUGCCGUAAGAAGGGAAGAGAAGUCGAAGGAGCCAUGGCUUAUCGCGGCGAUCUUAUCGCCUGCGAAGUUAAUUUUGAAAGUAACCUCGAGGGCAAAAUCUCUGUGAUGUUCUCCUUGAACGGGAGAGAAAUAGGGCGGUGUUGGAUGAAGUGUACCUCAAAACUGAUUCCUUUCAUCUCAUUGGGGUCUAAAGGCAUUACAGUGCUCACAAAGAUGUGCCAUCGUGACAGAGACCGUUUCAGUAGAGUAACAAUUGAAGGCCUUCAGGAGCAACUUGACGAACAAAAGAGGAUCUUGUUAGAACUGAGAAAUUUAGCACUGACUUUGAAGGAAAAAGGAGAGUCGUCUGACUGUGUAAUGAAUUAAGUCCUCAAGUGAUAAGAUAAAUGCACGCGCUUUAAUGGAACAUGGAGUUGAUUAGUUUAAGCCAUGCAGCUCUAAUUUCAUUAUUCCCUGCUUGUCACUACUCAUUAAUUUGAAUGGCGGGAGGAAAAUAAAGAAGAUUGUAAUCAUCUCAGUAAUUGUACGAAAACGCUUUAUCAGCCUAGGUGCAAUGGAUCUAGAUAAUUUUACCUCGGCAUUUUUUUUAUACAUUUCAAAUUGUUCUUGCAAACUAUAUCCUUCUAUAACUGUAACGAAGUAUAUAUCUGUAGCUAUGUAUUUAUAGCUCUGACGAAGGGCUAACGCUAGAAGCGUCGGCUUAGAAAUAAACUCUAUAGGGUGGCCAAUUUACAGUAUCAACUCAGUUGAUAUAACCAAAUUUCAUAUAGCUGUGUUAUAUCUUGUUAAACUAAAAAUGUAAUUUACUUUUAAAGAAUAUAGAAGGAUGGUAUGGAAACCACGCAUUAUGGUUUAUAAGUUACUUAGCUUUAUAUAACUCUCCGACUUUAAAUGUCUGGUCAACUAUUCUCUUGUUCAGUUACUAUACAGGUCUUGCAAAUUAUUUGGGAGAAUGUAGGGUUAAAUCAAGAUAUCACUUUUCUUAUGACUAAAUGUAUUCUCUUUUUUCUGGAGAUCACGUUGAUAUUGUAGAAAGAAAAGUAUUAAUGCUAUUCUAGUUGCAUUCAAUCGCUUUCGUUCGUUUGGGUGUCAAUAUUUUAGAUGAAACAGAUCGCAUUCAGAUCAGUUUGCGUAAAUUACAAAUACUUUGCGCACUAACCAUAUACUCUUAAGGCUGAUCCAGAAUUCAUACUACUUUCUCAUUUUAUGUAAUCAUUCAAACAAUACGUGCAGUGUAAAGUCAAUAGUGUUGAUAAGCGAUAGUUUACAGUUGGUUUUAUACACAUUAUGUGCUACAAUCAAACUCCCUUAAAGUGUGCUCACUCGGGAAAUUUCUGAAUAAAGAAAGGCCAAGUGAGAGUUAUUUAUCUCGAUUGUUGGACAAGCUCAUGAUAUAUCCUUAACAUAUAUCUCAAGUAGUAAUAGGGGGUACUAAGGGAUACAGCCAAUCAAAUAAGAGGAUUACAUAAUGCUCGCAUCUGAUUGGUUGUGUCCCAUCUUUCUAUAUUCCUCAGAUAGGCGGCCAUCUUUGAGCGUUUUCAUAAAGUGUGCGACUUCUUCUUACAAUAAUGAUCGGUUACAAAUUAAAGAACUGUCAACUUCUUAGUGUUUAGAUGGAAAUUGAGUGUUGUAAACCUCUGUAGAAUUGUUUACAAUCAGUCUUCACCAGCGGCAACAUGGAGUUUAUUUCGUCAAAUAUUGAAAUUUCAACGCCUCAACUCACAUCACCAUGCACUCAAACUAAGGGGUUAAACUAAUUUGAAGGGCGCUGAAUACCUUUAGAAAUGUGUCAUCGUCGUUUCCUCCCUAUAUUUUUCGAGGGGAAGACUUAACUUGUCAAGACCAAAUAAGCCCCCUAAUAUUGACUGCAUGGAAUCACGUGACAUACCCAGAAGUCGUGAGACCACAUGACGCUUGUUGAACUAUCGUAAACUGACAGAAAGAAAGAAACAAGUUAACAUUCCCAAAAAACCAUCUGUGAUAAUUACUUGGACGUGCAGUAACUUAAUUGGAAAUGGUAGCAUGCAGAGAGCCAAUUAUUAUCUAUAUUUGAGCUUAAUGUCCUUAAUCUGUUAGGCUAACCUCGUACUUCCUCAGUCUAAUUUGACUCCUUAGUUGGCAAAUAAAAAAUGUAAAUGUCCUCACAUUUAAAGCAUCGAAAGAGUUUUUUAACCUCUCUCAGCACUAUCAACAAAAAAGGAAUACCUCAAGAGUUUUAUUGAUGAAAUAUGGUGA